AUGACAAAGCCAAAACCUAUGCUCCGUGGACGGAUCCACCAGAUAGCUUUUUAUCUCACCAUCGUAAAGACCUUUUUGUACACUAUUUGCUGUUUUCAUAAAAAAGGCAACUUUGGAAUAAUGAUAUAUCUUCUGUCUCAGCUGAUCUUGUUCGGUGUAAGCAGCACAUACCAUGUUACGUCGUGGAAGGAUGAGAAGAUAAGAUCCCUCUUCCAGAGGCUGGACCACAUCUCUAUAUUCCUUCUGAUAUCGGGUACCCAGACUUCUGUGAUUCUUACCUUGGUUCCAGUGGGCACAUAUACAAAGUACGCUCUAUUGAUGACCUGGACAAUAUCACUUGCAGGAAUUCUAAAGAUCGUUCUGAUGAAAAAGCUGCAUCUGCAUUUUGAUCUUAUGGUCUAUAUACUUCACGGUAUUUCUGUUAUUCCAUUCUUCCGUAUCAUUGCGAGUAGCAUUACAGUCGGGGAUACUUCACUUUUUAUAUUGGGUGGUGCCAUAUACAUAAUCGGAGGACUCAUUUACGGAAUCGAAAAGCCUAAUCCAUAUCCUCAGGUAUUUGGAUACCACGAGAUAUUCCAUGUAAUGACCGUACUAGCCAAUUGGUGUUUUCUCAUUCCUUUACUAAAAGGUUACAUUUCCACUCUGUCUGGAAAAUAA